GCAGCGAGCGCAGGGGGCGCUGGGAACGAGAUGGCGGCGCCGGAGCCGGGCCGGUGCGCCUACUUCGUGGCGAGGAAGAAGCGCUUCUGCAGGAUGGUCCCGGCUCUCGGGAAGCGCUUUUGCGGGGAGCACGGGCACCAGGAGAAAGAAAAUGACAGGAAAAGAAUUCCAUGUCCUCUUGAUCCAAAACACACUGUAUAUGAAGACCAGCUACAAAAACACUUGAAAAAAUGCAAUUCAAGAGAGAAGCCAAAGCCAGUCUACUUUGUUCAAGAUAUUAAUGCAGGUUUAAAAGAUGUAGCAGAAAUACCAGAAAAACAAGUAACUCUCUCUUCCCUAUCCAAAGAAGAGCUAGAGAAUUUAAUUAUCAAGUUGAAAAAAGCAAGUAAUGGUCUGGAACUUGACCUUAAGGAACAAAUACUGUCUCACAAGGCUUUACAUGAAGCCUUAAAUGACCCAAAGAAUGGGGAAUCUGCUUUUAAACAUCUGAAACAACAGGCUUCCAUUUUAGGUAACAUGGAAAAAUUACAUUUGCUUGGUCCAGGAAGAUGUUUUAUUGAGUUUGGAGCUGGGCGAGGAAAGCUGUCUCAUUGGGUUGACGUUGCCUUACAGGAUGUCGAAGAUAUUCAAUUUUUGCUUGUGGAAAGGGCAACUACAAGAUUCAAGGUGGAUGGAAAACAUAAAAAGAGAGAUUCUGUAUUUGAAAGGCUUCAAGUUGAUAUUCAGCACUUAUGUUUAAAUAAGGUGCCUAUUUUGGAGAAGAAAAGACUACCUGUGGUAGGAAUUGGGAAACAUUUGUGUGGGGCUGCCACAGAUCUUGCUUUGAGAUGUUUGAUAGAAAGCUAUGCAAUUUGCUGUGAAGGAGAAAAUGAAGAGCCUGCAGCAAAACGUCCUAAGAAUGAUAAGACAGAAGUGGCUGCUAAGAGUUCAGCUGAUAACGAAAGGAACAAAGAUGACUUUAAGCCUGUAGCUGGAAUUGUUAUUGCACUGUGUUGCCAUCACAAAUGUGACUGGACGCACUAUGUAGGCAGAGAGUUCUUCAAAUCAGUAGGACUUGGACCAGUAGAAUUUCAUUAUUUUCAGAGAAUGAGUAGCUGGGCCACUUGUGGCAUGCGAGAAACCAUAACCUCUACUAAUGAAGAAAGUGAAGAUCACACUAACACAGAGGAACAUGACCAACCAUACAGCAAACCUGAGAGCGGUUUUGACACUCUACAAGGGCUACCAGUUGAAGAGCGAAAGGAGAUUGGUGCCCUCUGUAAACUGCUGAUUGAUCAUGGACGAAUCAAAUAUUUACAACAACGAGGAUACAGGGCUACACUACAGUAUUACACAGAGUCUGCUAUAUCCUUGGAGAACGUCCUGUUGACAGCUGUCCCAGAGCCAGCUACAUGACAGAAUAGAGAUUUGGAAUUGGUAGAGGACAAACUAAAGUUUAUCUAGAUCACUUAAAAAGCAGAUUCAGUGCUUACAAAAAAAAAGUUCUAGUCUUUCCUCUACUCAGGAAACAACUUUUCAGUUCCCAGUUUCACUUGGAAUUAAAAAUACACAAACCAGUUCUCAUUACUG